AUGUUUCAGAUUGUCGUGUUGGAGAUCAUCAGAUGCCGAAAGGACAACGGCAGCAAAGUGGUGGUGUGGGGAAGGAAAGUUCCGAACGUCCUGUGGCAGAUCUACUGCUCGGCGGCGUUCUUACUCCUCGGAAUGGCCUUCUCGCAACUGAGCACCGACAUCAUCAAGUAUAUGGUUGGAAGACUGAGACCGCACUUCUACACGGUCUGUCAGCCGGUCUUCGGUAACGGCAUGACCUGCGAGAAGAUCGACAAGAACUUCCACAGGUACGUGGAGGACUACCGGUGCACCGGCGGCACGGAACGUCAACUGAAGGAGAUGCGACUGUCGUUCCCGUCCGGUCACAGUUCGUUCUCCAUGUACACGAUGCUCUACUUCGCGCUCUACCUGCAGGCCAGAUGGCAUUCCUGCAGCAACACGAAGAUCCUGAAGCACGCCGUUCAGUUCUUGGCGGUCCUCUCGUCAGUCGCCGUCGCGAUGAGCCGGAUAUCCGAUUACAAACAUCACUGGUCGGACGUUCUCGGUGGUCUCACCCUCGGCGCCACCGUCGCCAUCAUCACC